CUUAUAGAUAUUACGGAGAAAAUAGUUGUGUAUUGCAUGAAGGCCUUGGUCAAUGUGUUGGAGCACCUGGAUGGAGACGACUUUUACGCUUUACCUCAUCUGCUAUAAAUUCGGGUAAAAGAGAUAUUCAUCUAGGAAAUGUGUCUGAUCCUGUUUAUUUAUAUCAUGGUAUAUUUGAAUGGGAUAAUUGCCACAAACAUUUU